AUGUUCACCACACUCGUUACCGUCACUCUUUUUGCCGCUGCUGCUAUCAAUGGCGCUGCCGCUCAAUUGAAUAUACAGACCCCCUCAAUGACAACGUGUGAACCCGUUGAUAUAACCUGGUCCAGCACCACUGGUCCUUACAACUUGAUUAUGGUCUCCCCUGACGACCCCUGUGGUGAUGCUCUUGUUGAUCUUGGAGACCAGGACGGUACUUCCGUAAGCUGGACUCCCAACGUUGCCCCAGGCACUCAAUUGGAAUUGUCUUUGGUGGAUGCUAACGACGACGAAGCUUGGUCAGGCACUAUUACUGUGGCACAAGGUUCGGACACCAGCUGUGUCCCCGCUGACGCUCUCGCUGCUGCUUCCUCCUCUGUUGCUGCUGCCUCUUCCUCCAUUUCUUCCUCCUCUGCCGAUGCUUCUACUUCUGCCGUGUCGUCAAUUUCUGCCUCUGUUGCUGUUACUGGUACAACCUUGGUGGUAACCGGCGCUGCCACCGCUUCCGCAUCCAGUGCCUCAGCAUCUUCCAGCUCAGGACCUGUUGGUGCUGUAGGUGAAAAUGGCCCUCUCGAAGCUAGCAGCAACGGUGCUAUGACCCUUGCCACUACUCCCAUCAUGGUUCUCAGCGCUGUCGCUGGAAUCCUGGUUCUGUCUCUCUAA